CCCAAUCAAAAAAGAAAUCAUUAUUAUUUUAAAUUAUUUUAAAUCAUUUCAUAAGUGAACCAACCAAACACACCCUCGGCUAUCCAAGUUACCGAGAUCAUUUCCUUACUUGGCAUUCUUUUCUUCAGCUUCACUUCUCCUGAAUGUGCUGUCCAUUUUCCGCGGAGGAUUCCACCUGGGACUGCGGUUAAUGUAAUGUAAUAUAGUACUAGUGAUACUUUCUUCCAAAAAAAAAAUACUCCUGAGUAUGCAUCAAGUGGCCCGCUGCACACAGGGAAGAAAACGUGCCACCGGAGACAGAUAGACAACAUUACAUUGGGCCAUGGUCCAUAAAGCCCAAGAGUCAGCCCACGUAAAGGCCUGCUCUGCUCUGCUCUGAUAUCUGGUUACUACUUCGCUUGACCUGAAAUAUCAAUGGCACUGUUUAUUUCCGCUUCUCUCGACCAUGCUUGGAUUAUAAUCUAAACAAAUAUCUUCUCGCUUCUCACUUCUUGUAGUUAAAAUCUCUGAAGCGGCUUACCACGUAAACGAGAAUCUAGAAAAAUAAGCAAAACGUUCAGUGAAAUUCUCGCUUAUUUUCACCAAUAAACCCCUUAUAUAUCAUGAGAUGAAUGACAUGUUUGUUGUUGUUGUUUUUCUUAAAAAAAAUACUUCACUUGAUCAACGCAUAUCAGACCAUCAACCAGACCAUAUCAGCAAAACUACAAUACUAAUAUAACAAUCAACUAGAGAGGAUCAACGCAUCCUUUUUGGCUUCUCGCCCGCUGUAGCUAAAUUAUAUUGACACGUAGCCAACCCAACAAAUCCUCAUUAUUAUGAAAGCAUCAACGGAUCAAUCUCCAGCCAGACUUGUCCGCAUUAUCAUCAUCAGCCCUUUAAUUUGUACCAGACUACCAGUACAUGUUUUUCCUUUCAGGGGGCAGGUAUUAUUACACUAAUUAACAAGCAUGCUUUCUUUCUUUCUUUCUUUUCCUACCUUUUUUAUUAAAAAAAGCUGAUCUAAGCUAGUCAUGCAUGAUGACAUGUUUUUCUGCAAUGAUACUUGAGAUUUACUUAAAAAAAACUGUCUUUUAUCCCUACGGCACUAGUGUAUAGUAUACUGCAAUUCUAUAUUCAUAUUCUUGUGGUCUUCUAGCAUUACUUGAAAUUAAAAGAGCUAGUGGGGCUCUGAUGUCGGGUGAGUGGGGGCCUAGUGGUUAGCUUGUUAACGCAGCAUUGCCUAAGCGUGCCACCCUCCAAGUCUCCAACAUCCACUGAUCCACAUCUUCCAUAGUUCCAUAUCAGUUCGCCCAAAAAAGUCUCUUUUAAUUAGGUUACAGAGUCCCCCUCAACCUUCUGGUCCAUAAUUCCCUCCAUUCAUUUUAUAAUCAUGUGAUCAUCAUUUUGUCUGGAUGUAAAGUCUGAUAUCUACUUAUAUCUUGAGAGGAAAAGACGGUAAUGUCCUUCCGAUUUCGUUAACGCAGCCUCCAUUUGGGGAGGAAACUUUUAUGCAAUACUUUUCUUAGUUGGAGUUCAAGUCCUUUUUCCCUCUCCAUAGAAGUUUUUUUUUUGAGGGCCCCUCUCCAUAGAAGUAGGCACAUCUUCAACUGCACUAAAUGAAGUUUAGCACUUUUGUAUCAGUAAUCUUCUCUGUGUGUUGAGUACUUUCGGAGCCAGCUAAGAUCUUCAUUUGCACUAAUUACGCCGUAAAGGCUUAAUUUAGUCGCAAUGUAUGUAGUACCCUCUGCAGUAGAGUCCAUGAACAGGCUGUUCUAGGUACACAGUAGUUAGCUUUACGGACCAGCAUUAUGUUAGACAACUGUACCUAAGCUUGCACUAAAUAAAAGGAAAAUCCACAAAGACAAUGUCUGCUCUAGCUUUGAGCACCACACUUCCUUCUUUCUGGUAUGGAACUCAAUUAAAUCCUUGUGUCGUGUCCAACCGCAAUACUAGCUACUGACAUUUUGCAUGAUUGGUUGUUGUACUGCUAAUCCAACAAUCAUCAUUCCAUUUGAAAAUGGAAGAGACCCGGCCAAGGUCAGUUUAGUAAAUGUACCUGACACGAAAAGAGUGUCAAUGCACCGACUACAUUCAUGGAUUGCACAUUUAUGAAAAUCAGGAGAAUUUUAAUCCCCCUGAUUGUCUCAGUCAGCAACCACCGCAUACCAGUUCUAGAAAAAGAAAUAGCAGCUAGCACACCAUCCUGCUGGCUCUUUCUCCAUUCAUUCUUAUACCCUCACCCAACGCAAAGCAAUGGAGAACAGCUUGUUGUUAGCAUCAUUGCAGUUGCAGACCCAGAGGGAGAAGGAGGAGGAAGCAAAGGAAGGCAAGGAGGAAGCAGCGGAGCCGGAGGUAGCAGAAGCAUGGAUUGCUGCAUCUGCAGUCCCAUGGCCACCAUGUACAGGCUUCCAAGGAACACCAUAUGUGCUCCCUGCUAUGAAGGUGCCAAGGCCAUCAUCGGCUUCCUCAACAAGGAUGAGCAAGAAGAAGAUGAUGGCCAUGGUUCUGCCAAGUCUCCCGUGUCAACUAAGCUAAACAGCUCAACCAAGGGGAUGGGACAUGCAUGCCAGCAGGUGAAGGAGAUGAGAGACCGGGAGGAUGAGAGCAACCAGAAAGCUGCCUUCCUCGAACAAGGCUUCGCGCUAGCGUGGAAGGAUGGAAUGCACACCGACAUCGACGUCAGACCCGGCACUGGGGCCCCAAUUCCAGCCCACAAAGCCAUCCUGGCCGCGAGGUCCGAGGUGUUCCGGCACGUGUUGUCCAGCGACGAGCAGUGCAAGGCCCCCGCCGGCGACUCCAUCUCCCUCCCCGAGCUCUCCCACGACGAGCUCUCCCUCCUCCUCGCCUUCCUCUACACUGGCGCCCUCGAGCAGGACCUGCCGGAGCGCCACCUGCACGCGCUGCUCGUGGCGGCUGACAAGUAUGACGUCCCGUUCCUGCGGCGGGCCUGCGAGGCGCGGCUGGCGGCGGCCGUGGAGCCCCGGAACGUGCUGCGGACGCUGGAGGUGGCGGACCUGAGCUCAAGCGCCGUGCUCAGGGAGCGCGCCAUGGACACCGUGGUGGAGCACGCGGAGCAGGUGGUGUUCUCGGCAGAGUACGAGGAGUUCGCCGUCAGGAACGCGGGGCUGUGCGUGGAGAUCACCCGGGCGCUGCUGGCCAGCAUGUCGGCGACGACAACUAAUAAAGAACCGUGCAUAGAGGAUGUACAUAGAGGAGCUUGAAACCUGCAUGCUGCCGCAGUUGUUUCUGAGUGACGUGUACAUGCAUAUGUCUGAAUUCUGAUCUCAAGUGUGACCUUUUGCAUUAUAUUGCAACACACAGGUGACCACAUUACUGAUGAAAAAGUUCCCGUAUACUCCAA